AUGGUCGUCUUUGUUGAUCUAGACGACGAGGAUAUGGAGCCCCUUCACGUUCUCGAGGCACGCCGCUUGGCAACUGCCGCCGCUGUCGCGACUGAUGCAUUGGAUUCAAGCAGUCGCGAGCUCGAGCACAUGCUUGAGAAGCCGGCGAUUGCCCCGGCCCCGUUGGUGACACCAGCUCCCGUAGCAGAGCCAACACCGACAUUUCAGAGUGCUGCUACUGAGGCUUUUGGCUGCUAUCCCAUCGUCAUGUCAAUAGCUGAACACAUCGAUCUCAACACCCUCGACAGUCUCGCCCGCACCUCGCGCCAGGUCCGCCAGGGUCUGCUGCAAUACCGCUCCAUUCUCCUCUCUUCGACGCUGCACUGCUCCAACGAGGCCGUCCCCGUUGACCCAGAGUCCACGUUCCGCUUUCGUGCGAGGGCCGGCAACUGGUAUUACAUGGAAGAUGGCCGGAACUACAACGGCAAGAGCGGCAGCUGUGCCCGAGACCUGGUGACGGAGUGUCGAAGGUGCAAGACCGUCGUGUGCAGGAACUGCGCCAUCAAGCCGCCAGCCUCCAACGCUCUCCGUGAGCGUCAUCGUAGGUUGUGCCAGUGUUGUACCAAGGCCCCCAUCGCAACUUUCGUCAAUCACGCGCUAGAGCCAGAAAUACCUCUGCUCGAUGAUGCCGUGAGACGAGAGAUUUGCCGAUGCGACGUCGACGGCGUCUGGCUGUGUCAGCCCUGUGGGCGGAGCAUGCGCGGGGCCGAUCACGACUACCAGCGUAUCUGGAAAUGGCGGGCUCAUUAUGGAGAAGUCCUCGGCGGCCUGGGAACGGGCAUCGGCGAGGGCGACCGCGGCGUCAUCUGCGGCCGCGAGACCGCUUGCGCCGGCGCCAAGGAACGCGAAAAUGAGACCGACUGUGAUGCCGAGGACGCGGCCGUCACCGGCGCGAACCUGUGGACGGCCACAGACCAGGUACACCUCGAUACUGUUCGAUAUGAGCGCACGCCGAGUCCCCAGCUCGGCCCCGGGUACGAGAGGCACGAGAUUGAGGGGAUCGGAGGCGUGGUGAAAACCAAACUAGUCCGCAUGGUGAGAGUCGGUGCGUGCGUGCCCGAGUGGGACGACGAGAAGAGCCAUCACAACAUCCUCGGAAGAGAGGUGAAGGGCAUCAGGCGGAGUUGGUGUGGCUGGUGCUACAGAGUCAUCCCCGGUGAGGCUGAUUUGAACAAGGCGGGCGUUACGAUGCGUCAGCUUUGA